UUGUCUCUGUCCUUUGUGCUUUCAGAAGCUGUCUCGACUCACGGGAAGCACCUCAGGUUACGCACGUCUCCGUGUCAACUUCAACUUUCAUGCAGAUCUAGAGAUUCAUCCCGUUUAGUGUUGGGAUCGCAGCUAGUCACAGUUGUUUCUUUUUAUUUCUGCCUUUACCCAUUUGAUUUCACAGCUUUCACAAUGGCGGACGACGAUUCUCCUGCUCCACUGGCCCCUCGAGUGCAAGCCAAGCCAAAGUCUAAGAUUUCUGCAUCUCGAAAACUCUCCCUGAAGAUCCUUUUGCUCCAAAGAGCCAUGGAGGAGCUGGAACAGGAGAAUGUCAGUCGUGAUGAGGAGAAGGUGAAGUAUCUGGGAGAGAAGCUUCCUCCUCUUCAGAUAACUGGCCUCUCAAUGGAUGAGCUGCAGAAACUGUGUCGGCAACUCCACGCCAAAAUCGACGUAGUGGAUGAGGAGAGAUACGACUUUGAGGCCAAAGUGAAUAAGAACAACAAAGACAUCCACGAGCUGAAGCUGAAGGUGCAAGAUUUGGGAGGUAAGUUUAAGAAACCUGCCCUGAGGAAGGUGCGCGUGUCUGCAGAUGAGAUGAUGAGAGCGCUGCUGGGCUCCAAACACAAGGGCUCCAUGGACCUCAGAGCCAACCUCAAAUCUGUGAAGAAAGAAGACAUUAAACAAGAGAAGGUUAUGUCGACGGAGGUGGGCGACUGGCGUAAGAACGUCGAGGCUAUGUCUGGUAUGGAGGGCAGGAAGAAGAUGUUUGAUGCUGCUGGUGGAGGACAGUAAUCAAUCAAUCAAUCAUUUUUAUUUAUAUAGCGCUUUUAACAACACAGGUUGCAUCAAAGCACUGAACAGUAUAAAGCAGAAGAAUACAAUGACAAAUACAGUAAUAGGAGUGUAUGUAAGAGUGUGUAUAAUUGUGAAUGUGUAUGCGUGAGCAUUUGUUAUUAAUGACGUGUAAAAUGACCUGAAAUGAGUCAGAAAUAAAAAAAUAAACAAUAUGCAUUACAGAUACAAAUACAAAUCAAAAGAAAGCUUCUGACUAGGCCUACAUGAAUAUGCAAAUGUUGAAUGUUAUAUCAGUGUAUGCCAAUUUUAGGUUAAUAAAAUUUUGGCUGUGCUAAAA